AUGGAGGCUUCAACCGCAAUAACACGAAGAACAGCAACCACAACAGAAAAAGAUCGUCUUUGGGAUAAGGGUGUUAUUCCCUAUGAAUUCGACAAUAUUUUUACUGAAUCACAACAGAGAUUAAUAAAAAAAGCAAUGCAAGAAUGGGAGAGAUCAACUUGCAUAACAUUUGUUGAAAGAAUCCCGAGAUUCCAUACGAAGUUCUUGAAAUUUACUCAAUCAAAUUGCAGAUGUUGUUUUAUAUACUCACCGGAUUUUCCAAAUCUAAAACUAAUAAGUUUACACAAGGAGUGUGUCGACUUUCCGAUUAUUCUUCAUGAAUUGGGACACGCAAUUGGUUUUGAACAUGAACACAAUCGUCCAGACCGUGAUGAAUAUGUUUAUAUCAUUGAUCGUAACAUACAUCCAGAUGAUGCAGAAGAGUUUAUGAAACUAACACAUGAUGAAAUAGAAACAUUCAAUCAAACUUAUGAUUAUCAAUCGGUGAUGCACUACCCUGAAGAUUCAUUUUCGGUUGACUGG